UGACCCUUUCUAGCCAAUCACAAUAGCAAGUCAGUGCCGUCACUUCUCGCGAGUCAAUGAGACGAGACCAGGAAGUUCACCAGUACUGAAGUAACAGAACCACUUAUUUUUUAAACUUUCGGGUUCAAAUUGGUCAUGACGAGUCUGUUUAAACAUUUUAGUGUGAUGGUUGCGUCGCCUCUGUGUGAGGAUUUUCAAACGUUACAUUUCAACGUGUCUUCUAGUGGUUAAACAUCGUUAAACGUCAACAUGAGCAAAGUUCAUCUGCUUGGCUAACACCAUGGAGGUAGAAGACGUGGAGAGGUGCUGCUGUGUUGUUACCUUGAAUGAAGCAUUUUCUGCCCCCGCGCCCGUAAGCUUUAGCGCUGUUGUCAUCCAUCCCACCACCGGAGUGGUGAUAUCCACCGGACUGCCGUUUUUUCGUUUCAUUAUAGACAAAAAGUCCUCUUAUGCCAGCGAACGUCGCUUCCUGUUACGUCACAACUUCCGCGUCCACCUUAAAAUCGACAUCAGCUUUCCUUCCCGGAGUCACGUGGAGGCCAAUGCAUGUGGAGUGAGUGAAGUUGGCCCACCCAGCACAAGACACAGGAGAGAUGAGCAAGGAGCUGAGUUGCUGAUGCUGGUCAACUGUGUGGAGUUCAAAAAGACUUUCCAGACACUUUUCCAUAAGGCUGACCAGUGGCGUUUCCAUGGCGAUGAUGAUGACGACCUUUUUCGAGAUGCUGACUGCCUCAGUUGGUUCGCUAUACUCAAGGCAGACAAGCCACAUCCAGGUACCGUCUCCUGGCGAAGGAGCACGUGUCUUCAGAAAGGCUCCCCGGUCAUCGCCUGCGGCUCGCCGUUUGGUUCCCUCUGCUCUGACCUCUUCAAUGGCACUGUGAGCAAGGGCAUCAUCAGCAACUUGGCGGGCGAGGACAACGCCAUCAUCCUCACAGAUGCCCGCUGCUUGCCAGGCACAGAAGGCGGUGGCUUGUUCACGAUGGAAAAUGACUCCCUGUACCUGGUCGGAGUGAUAGUGUCACCAUUUGGCUGGAAGGCCAACGAGUGGAUCGGACUCACGCUUGUUUGUUCUGUCCACUCAAUCCUCCGGAAUAUUGUUCAAUGUGGCGACAUUCAGGAUCUGCUCCAUGAUGUCUGGCUUCACCCCGCAGAGGUCUUUACGACCCGAAAGGCCAAUGCAGGUCCAUAUCCGAAUGUGUGCUUGGUGGACAGCGGGCAGCACUGGGGAUCAGGGGUCCUUGUCACCCCUGAACUUAUUCAAACCUGCCGACACGUCGUCAACGGGAAGUCCACAGUCGCCCUCAAGUUUCACCACAGAGCCAGAGUCCUCGACACUUUUGGCGACGUCCUGUUCUCCACUAAGGCAUCAUCGCCCUACGACGUCGCUGUGGUGCGGUCCAGAGAAUCCAUCUUUGACGUCGUCAUUCCUCAAAUGGCUCACGAGUUCAACACAGGUGAAUCUGUGUUGGUGGUGGGCUACGGCGGGCUUGGUCGCUGGUGUGGCCCGUCGUUGACUUGCGGUGUCCUUUCCAAAGCCAUCCGUCACCACAACCGUACCAUCAUGCUUCAGACCACCUGUGCAGUUCAGGCAGGGACCAGUGGGGGCGCUGUCAUACGAGCAUCCACGGGAGAGCUUCUUGGCAUCGUUUCCAGCAACACGAGGGACUUGGCCUCCAAAGUGACCUACCCUCACCUUAACUUUUGCAUCCCAGUAAGCAUGCUGGACGGGCCUCUUCUUCACUUAAGUCGGCUUGGGGACGUGAGGAUGUUUGACGUGCUGGAUGUUGCAGAAGAACAAGUGAAAAGAGUGUGGAGGCUACAAGGUACACCAAGCAAAUUGUGAAUUGUGUCCCUGUGUCAUACGAACACUGGAACUAGCCUGUUUGGCACAAUUUAUUAAAUAUAAAUUACAUUCAUCAGCAGAGAACACUUUGAGCACUUCCAAAUGAUGCAAAAAAUUCAGAUUUAUGGGGAAUUGCCUUUCAAUUCAUGCUCAUACUGCAAUGUUAUAAAACAAGAAGUUGCUCAAUCAUGGCAACCCCUUAGCGCCACCCCUGGUUGUCAUUAUUACGAAUGCCCAUUGGCCCCGUAGUACACAUGGGCGGGGUGAGCAGUGCCUCACAAAACGGAAUAAUUUCAACUCAAGUGUUAUAAGUGCACGUGUGCUGUAAUCCUUUAACCUUUAAAAAAAAAAGGAUUUCCUUU